CAGCCGUGCAGCCGCUCCCCGCCCGGACCCGCCCCACCGGCAUGGCGGCGGCGGUGGGUGGCAGCAGCGCCGGCAGGAGCUGCUUCGUGCUGGGCGCCUCGGGGGAGACGGGCCGGGUGCUGCUGCGGGAGCUGCUGGCCCGGCGGGUCUUCGCCAGGGUGACGCUGAUCGGGCGGCGCCGGCUGAGCCUGGACGAGGAGACAGGAGCGGUCGUGGAGCAGGCGGUGGUGGACUUCGAGCGGCUGAGCGAGCACGCUGCUGCCUUCCAGGGACACGACGUCGGCUUCUGCUGCCUGGGCACCACCAAAGCCAAGGCUGGCACGGCUGGCUUCGUCCGUGUGGACCGGGACUACGUCACACAGGCAGCAGAGCUGGCACGAGCAGGGGGCUGCACACACUUUGUCCUGCAGUCUUCGCAGGGGGCAAACCCGCACAGCCGCUUCCUCUACCUCCGUGUGAAGGGAGAAGUGGAGAACCUGGUCCAGGCUGUUGGUUUUGAUCGCUGUACCAUUCUGCGGCCAGCGGUCCUGCUGUGCAAGCGCCAGGAGUCCCGGCCUGCAGAGUGGGUCACCCAGCAGUUUCUGGGUGUUGUGGCUUGGGUCUUCCCCACUGCUUACUCGGUGCCUGUGGAAAGGGUGGCCAGGGCUAUGGUGGCCUGUGUGCUGCAGCCGGGUGAGGGGAAGGUGAAGGUGCUGGAGAAUGCGGCCAUCCACAAGCUGGGAAAGGCAGUGCCACAGCAGGGCAUGUAGUGCAGAAGAGAUGGGCAGGGAAGAGCUUUAUCACCAUUGAGAUGCUCUUCUGGGCUGAGGAUGAAGGCACAGGUGGGAGAGGAGUGGGGUGCUUGCAUUGCCGAUGUGGAAAUAGGGGUGUGCUUCCUUGCAUGGCAGCUGAUUCUGUCAAGUGAUCAAAAAUGCAGGUGCUGGUUGAUGGGUGAGGAGUAAUAGUGUUCUGCUGCCUGGAUCCAGCAUGGCAGUCCGGGUAAAAAGUGGCGUAAUCCAGGCAAUUUCUUGAAUUCAGGCCUUAAAUAAAUUGCUGUGACCGGUU